AUGUCGUCCAUCGCGGCCUACAUCAGAGAUGCCUUUCUUGGCAUCUUCAGGAGAGUGGGCAACGCCUUUAAGAGCAUUGUAGACUGGCUCAGAUUGGCAUAUUCACCGCAUCCGUACUGGCGCGGAAACAUGCUCACCGUUCGCGCACACGGCAACCCUCCCUUUCAGGGGCAGCUGAAGAUGGUAAUAUCACAAGUCUUUCAAUCAUCCCGUUGGAACGUAAUGGAAGUCUCAGUUAUGAGACCGUCUGGACCGCCUGUGAGAGCUGUUCUGAAGAUGUUCGAUCGUCGCUUCGCGCCCGCUGUUCGGGACGGCAUUGGUGGGCGGGCGGCUUCGGGCAAAUGGUCGCCUGAGAUCGAGGAGGAAUUUGUUGAAUUUGUCCGUCGCGGUGCGGCCGAUGACUGGUCCGAUCAUGUCCAAAGCGAAGACUUCGUCGAUGACGGUGAGAAGAAGAACGAGCUUCAAAAAGAGGUCGAACGACAUUUGGUGUGCAAAGCCGGUUUGCAAGCCCUGUUGGCCGCUCAUCAAAAACGGAAGAACUUGCCCAGAGCCUAUUCCAUCAUUUCUAUACCCCUAGUUGAGGGCAUCAGCCACGAAAUGCUGGUCGCGGAGGGGAUUCUGAUGGAGUAUGUGCCAGGUUUCAAUGCCAACAUCACUGCACCGUCAAAGCCAUCGGCAUAA